AACUUAUGGAAUGCAACUGUUAGGAUAGCCUACAUGGAAGAAAGAGCAAGGCUGCUGCAUUAUUAUACCUGGGCACAAAGACAGUGACAAUAAACAGCCUGCUUAAUCCCAACGAGAAUUAGUCAAAAACGCAGUCCGAGACAGGAUUACACCUGUGUAAAUAUGCGAACUGCAAUAUAUUCCCGAGCUGUGAGAGGCAGCAAUGUGCCGCAAGACAUCCAGUCUGCCGACAUUUCAAAAGAAGAGGAAGAAGAAGAAGACCCUUAUGGUUUGUUUUGAAUUUGUACACUGCAAGCAAGUGAUGGAGUUUCCUGAAGAUUUCAACCAGAUUGAGCUUCUGAAUACACAUGGCCACCUGAUCCCCCGAGGGGGCAGCAGCCUGUGGACCGGAAGCAGGGAUGAGGAGGAAGAAGUGGAAGAGGAGGAGGGCGACCACAGUGACGAGUGGUAUAUUGAAAAAGAAGAAACUCUCAAAGACAAACCAAAGGUGUUCAUUCUGUGGGCAGCGGAAAACAAUCGUCUUUCAACAGUCCACAGGUUGUUAGCUGCUGAUCCGUUGCUGGUGCACUGCUGUGAUGAGGACGGAUACACUCCACUACAUCGUGCAGCCUACAGCGGCCAUGUUGCUGUGGUUUCCGCUUUAAUCGCCGCCGGGUCUAAGGUUAACCCUCGCACCAUUGACGGAUGGACGCCCCUUCACAGCGCCUGCCGCUGGAGCCGCGUCACAGUGGCUAGUUUCCUCCUGCAACACGGAGCCGAACUGAACGCCCAGACCAACGGUGGGCUCACACCACUACAUCUGGCUGCCUCCAACACCACCCCCUUCAGCACAGACUCUCCUAGCACUUUAGAGCUCCUCCUCUCUCAGCGACACCUAAAUCCAGGGCUCCGCAGCGGCAGUGGGGAGACAGCCAGUGAGGUGGCCCGCCGUACUGGCCCACAUCAUGUCCUGUUUGAGAUGGUACAAGACUGUGUCAAUGUGGUACCUUUCUCAUGAAUUAAAACACGGGUGCAGAUGUUUUUACCUUCUUCUUGCCUUCUUGUAAGUACAAUGUACAGCAGGUACAUAGAAGUUCAUUUCGCAGGUGGGUUGGCGGACUUGUUUUCUGUUGAAGCAUCAUAAUAAAUUAAUGUAUCUUUGGAAUAAUAUUCUCUUUGCAUCAUUGAUCUUGAAAGUAAAUGCACACUUAUUUCUCUCUUCAUAUCCACAAAAGUGAGUUCAAAGUCUCACUGUGAGCAGGUAUUGCAGGUUGUUUAGGUAACUGACAAGCAGCCACUGUGUGGUACAUGCUCUAAUGCUGAGUGUAAAUUGUCUGAACUUCUUUUAAUAAAGUAUCUUUUUCAAUGGAGAAAUCCAAAGAGCUAAA